CAAAAUGGCGGAGCGGGGCGGGCGAGGUAGCGGCGGUCACGGCAGUUUGGACAAGAGCAUCACCCUCCCGCCCGACGAAAUCUUUCGCAACCUGGAGAACGCCAAGCGCUUCGCCAUAGACAUCGGUGGUUCAUUAACCAAGUUGGCUUAUUAUUCAACUGUGCAGCACAAAGUGGCAAGAGUGAGAUCCUUUGAUCAUUCUGGAAAGGACAUAGAAAAUGAACCUUUGUAUGAAAUAUCGGUUCAGGAGGAGAUUACAGCUCGACUUCACUUCAUUAAAUUUGAAAACACUUAUAUUGAAACCUGCCUAGAUUUCAUCAAAGACCAUCUUGUCAAUACAGAGACAAAAGUCAUCAAAGCUACAGGUGGUGGUGCCUAUAAAUUCAAAGAUCUUAUUGAGAAGAAAUUGGGGUUGAAAGUAGAUAAAGAAGAUGUAAUGACCUGCCUAAUUAAAGGAUGCAACUUCGUGCUAAGGAACAUACCCCAUGAAGUGUUUGCAUACCAGAAAGAUUCAGAUACAGAAUUCCGAUUUCAGACAAACCACCCAAAUAUUUUCCCUUAUUUACUGGUGAAUAUUGGCUCUGGGGUUUCUAUAGUGAAGGUAGAAACAGAAGACAAAUUUGAAUGGAUUGGAGGGAGCUCGAUUGGAGGUGGAACCUUUUGGGGUCUUGGAGCACUGCUCACAAAAACAAAGAAAUUUGAUGAAUUGCUGCAACUCGCUUCAAAGGGACAGCACACAAAUGUAGACAUGCUGGUGAAAGAUGUGUAUGGAGGCGCCUACCAGACCCUGGGGCUAAGUGGAAAUCUGAUAGCUAGCAGCUUCGGGAAAUCUACUACAGCAGAUAAAGAAUUUUCCAAAGAAGAUAUGGCAAAAAGUUUACUACAUAUGAUCAGCAAUGACAUUGGUCAACUUGCCUGCCUUUAUGCCAAACUCCACAACUUAGAUAAAAUAUAUUUUGGAGGAUUCUUUAUUCGGGGUCACCCUGUUACCAUGCGCACAAUAACCUACAGUAUCAACUUCUUCUCCAAGGGAGAGGUUCAGGCAUUGUUCCUGAGACAUGAAGGCUACCUGGGAGCCAUUGGGGCAUUUUUAAAAGGAGCUGAACAAGACAAUCCAAAUCAGUAUAGCUGGGGAGAGAAUUAUGCUGGGAGUUCUGGUCUUAUGAGCACAUCACCUGAUGUUUACCCUAUGCAGAGAACAAGGAGUGGUACAUUUGACAUGCUUGAAAUGGAUAGGUUGGAGAGACCGCUUGUUAACCUGCCACUGCUGAAAGACCCAUCAACCUAUAUUCCAGACACUGUUGACCUCACAGAUGAUGCUAUGGCCAGAAAAUACUGGCUCACCUGUUUUGAGGAGGCACUGGAUGGGGUGGCAAAGCGUGCUGCAGCCAGUCAACCAGACUCUGUUGAUGCGCUGGAGAGAGCUGAAAAGUUCCGACAGAAAUACUGGAAUAAGCUCCAGACACUCAGGCAGCAGCCUUUUGCAUAUGGUACCUUAACAGUUAGAAGUCUUUUGGAUACAAGGGAACACUGUUUAAACGAGUUCAAUUUUCCGGAUCCCUAUUCAAAGGUAAAGCAGAAAGAAAAUGGCAUAGCCUUAAAAUGUUUUCAAAGCGUAAUCGAAUCUUUGGAUUCAUUAGGCUGGGAGGAGAGGCAGUUUGCUCUGGUGAAAGGACUUCUUGCGGGGAAUGUCUUUGACUGGGGAGCAAAAGCAGUCUCAGAUGUUCUGGAAUCUGAGCCACAAUUUGGAUUUGAAGAAGCCAAGUCAAAACUACAAGAACGUCCCUGGUUAGAAGAUUCCUACAGUCAGUGGCUAGAGCGACUGAAGGAGGGUCCCCCUCAUAAAUGUGCCUUAAUUUUCGCAGAUAACAGUGGAAUAGACAUAAUUUUAGGAGUCUUCCCUUUUGUCAGAGAGCUCCUUUCUAGAGGGACAGAGGUUAUAUUGGCUUGUAACUCUGGCCCUGCCCUAAAUGAUGUCACCUACAGCGAGUCCCUGAUUGUUACUGAACGGAUAGCAGCAAUGGAUCCAGUUAUUCAAUCCGCCCUGAGGGAAGAGAAGCUGCUGUUGGUUCAGACGGGUUCAAGUUCUCCGUGUCUAGAUCUAAGCCGUCUGGAUAAAGGUUUGGCUGUGCUGGUCAGAGAACGGAAGACAGACUUGGUUAUCAUUGAAGGCAUGGGUCGUGCCAUCCACACGAAUUACUAUGCGGCUUUGAAGUGUGAGAGCCUCAAGCUUGCCGUUAUCAAGAACUCCUGGCUUGCUGAUCGUCUUGGAGGGAAAAUUUUCAGUGUCAUUUUUAAGUAUGAAGUGCCAUGUAAAUGA